UUCCAGAGAGGGAGGAUGCCGUCCCCGUGGCUCACGUCAGACAAUAAGUGCCCGUUCUGCCCAGCUCUCGGAGGCCCUUCUGUCCGCCUGUCUUUCCCCGACUCCCACUCCCUCUGCCCUCUGCCCUCAGCCUGGGAUCACGCCAGCAGCCGCCUGAUGGGGAAUUCUCCGGCGCCCUCGUUCAUGGGCAGCUUCCUCACCAGCAGCCUGGGCUCGGCGGCCCCCGCGCACCCCAGCGGCCCUACCCCCGCCCCCUCGGAGCAGGCCUACCGCGGCCCCCACCCCGCCACCUCCCAGAUCUGGUUCUCUCACUCCCAUGAAGCUCCAGGGUACCCCAGAUUUUCGGGGAGUCUGGCAUCCACCUUCCUACCCAUGAGCCACUUGGAUCACCAUGGAAACAGCAAUGUUCUCUAUGGGCAACAUCGUUUCUAUGGAACCCAAAAAGAUAACUUCUACCUGCGCAACCUGCCCCCCCAGCCCACCCUCCUGCCUGCCAACCACAACUUCCCCGGCGUGGCCCGAGCCGCCCCCGGCCACCCCAUCAGCUCCUGUAGCCGCGACCGAGGCGAGGCCGGCCCCCUGCAGAAGGGUGCCAGGGAGUUCGACCGCUUCCUCAUGGGCAGAGAGCUGGGCAGAGAGAAGGCCGGCAAGGCUGCGGAGGGCAAGGAGAGGCCGGCAGCGGGGGAGGAGGACGGCGGCAAGGAGCGGCACAAGCUCGUGCUGCCCGUGCCGGCAGACGGCCACUGCAAGGACGGCGGCGGGGCGCCCCGGGGCGCCUGCGAGGGCCGCCCCAAGCACCUCGCCUCCUGCCUCCUCAACACCAAGGUGCUCAACGGCGAGACGGGCAAGGCCUCGCUGGCCAGCUGCGCGGGGGGCAUGCUGGUGCGGCCCGGCGUGGGCGUCGCGGCCUCCGGACGCUGCACCAAGGAGGCGGCGGGCCCUGCAGAGCCCGGGCCGGCCUUCAGCGAGGGCCUGGAGAGGCGGCAGACGCGGUGCCAGGCCGCGUCCUACGCGGUGCCGUCUGGCCUGCCCGCCGGGCCGCCCCCGCCCCUCAGCACAGCCACCGGCUCCUUCCCCUGCUUGCAGCUGCACGCGGGCCCGGACGGGCUCUGCCCGCUGCAGGACAAAGUCCCCCGAGACCUGAAGGCCAGCGGGCCCACCUUCGUGCCUUCCGUGGGACACCUGGCCGACAAGAGCCGCCCCUUUCAGGCAGCCGAGGCCUGUGCGGUGGCAGGUGACGGCAAAGACCGGCACCUCGAGGGGGCCUUGGCCCCUGAACACGCUGUGCCCUAUGGGGUCUCCUACGCUCACCUGAAGGCCGAGGGCAAGGCCGAGCGGCGGCCUGGGGGCUUCGAGGCGGCUCUCAACCCCCGGCUAAAGGGCCUGGAGUAUCUCAACAGCACAGGCCCCGAGACCCCCUUCUCCGGGCUCCCCAAAGGUGGUCUGGACAAAAGUGGCUACUUCGAGCUGCCUGCCCACUCACAGGACUGUGCCCGGCCGAGUCACCAGGACCCGCUGGGUGGGAAGGUCGCCCAGGCCUGCUGCACUUUAGAUAAGACCGCCAGCAAGGAGGCCCCCUCCGGUCCCCCUGGGGCCCAGAAGGUGGCCCGGAUCCGGCAUCAGCAGCACUUGGUGACCCCCGAGGUGGAGCCAGGGGGCAGUGGGGCCGAAGCCAAGCGCACGUCCCUGGAACUGGCGUCUCUGGGCUAUGGUGGGCCCCACCUACCCCCAUGGAGCAUCCAGUCGGGCCAGGGCACUGCCAUGGCCAUUGGCGAGGAGCAUAAGGCUGGCACCUACCUGGACCCUUUUAGCGGCAGCCUGCAGCAGGCCGCACUCCUGCCCCAGGAUCUGCCCGCCCCACCCGAUGAGGUCUCGGCCAUGAAGAACCUGCUCAAAUACAGCAACCAAGCGCUGGUCGUCGGCCAGAAGGCACCCUUCGUGGGCCUGGGUGGCCUCAAGGCCAGCUGUGCCCAGCAGGAUGUGAAGUUCCCCGCCUCCAAAGGCCCAGCCCAGGCCCCGGGCGAGGCAGAGAGGCCCGACUGUGCCCGAAGCCGGGAACACGACACCCCACACAGUGACGCGGAAGUGAGGCAGCCUCCCGUGGGCAUCGCGGUGGCCUUGUCCCGGCAGAAGGACACGGUGAGCCGGCCCGAGACGGCCUACGGCACCAACACCGGGCGGCAGGGCCGGGCAGCCCCUGCGUUCAAAGCAGGAGCUGGGCCCCGCUCCACCCACGUGCUGGACCUGGAGGCUGAGGAAGAAAGGGCACGCCUGUCCGAGGACCGCCUGGGGCUCGCCGGCCGGGAGCUCCUGCUUCAGGACAAGGACCGCCUGGAGUUCUCCCGGAUCCACCCGCCCGGCGGCUGCCCCGGAGACCUGGCCCCUCAUCUCAUGAUCGCCAGCGGCUCCUCGCUGCAGAACAGCCAGCUGGGCGGGGACCCAGCCCCCCACCCCCACCCCGCCCACCCCCCGUGGCUGCCCCGCACCCGCAGCCCCUCUUUGUGGAUGGGGGGGCAUUCCUACGGCCUCGGGCACCCCGCCCUGCACCAGAACUUGCCCCCCGGCUUCGCCGCCUCUGUGCCCGGCUCCAUACCCUCCGUCUUCCCCCUCUCCCAGGACAGCCCUGCACAGCUCGUCAUUCUGCCCUCGGAGCCCACGCCCCACACAGCCCCCCACGCGCUUGCUGACGUCAUGGACCAGGCCUCACUGUGGCCCCCCAUGUAUGGGGGCCGGGGCCCCGCCUCCCACGUGCAGCACCCCGGCCAGCUCCCCGUGUACUCGCGGUCCCAGCUCCUGCGCCAGCAAGAGCUCUAUGCCCUACAGCAGCAGCAGCAGCAGCAGCAGCAGAGGGCUGCGCCCGUCCAGCGGAAGCCCGAGGACCACCACCUGGAGCAGGAAGAGCCCACCCAGGAGAAGACCCUGAAGUCCACCCACAAGCCAGUUGCCUUAACCCCCACAGCCAAGGGCACUCCCUCACUUGCCACCAUAGGCCCUGCCAAGCUGUCCCCUUGCUGCCACUCGCCUACCCCGAAGCCCCCUGCCAGCUGCCCCACACCGCCACCGCCACCGCGUCCCGGAGCCUCGUGCACUUUAUCCGUCCGCCCCUCGGGCAGCCCCGGGCCCGGCUCCAAGCUGCCCAGCUCCGAGGACAAGAGUGGGGAGGGCCGGCGGUCCGGAGCCGACCUGAGUGCGUUGGAACCAGACCUGCCUCCCGGAUACACGUGCCCUGUGGCCAGCUCGGGCUUCUCCCUGUCCCCCAGCGUGCACUCUCCUGACCUCUCGGACCCCAAAACUAUGCAAACUGCAGCUCCCAGGGUCCAGCCUGAGCCAGCGAGGACGUUACUACCCGGGGAGCUGCCCCCCCCAAGCCCCCAGAGCCCACAGGAGCCGGGGUUGCCCUUGGGGGCCAGGGAGGCCACCCAGGACCUUGCCGCCACCCCCCACCCUGCCGAGCGGGGACCCUUGGGGAAGGCAGCAGACCUCAGCCCACUGGAGGGGCUUCGAGAACUGCGAUGUGGGGCCCUCCUCGAGGGAGGGGGCCCCGAGGCCAUCGGCCAGGCUCAUUCUACUCAGGGAGGGGCUGCAGAGGAGGGGGCUGCGGUGGAGAGGGGCACGGAGGUGGGGCCAGGGCCUUCAUCGGGGGCCAGCGCCCCGGCCCCGCAGCAGCCGAAGAGUCCAGGUGCCCUCAGUGAGGCCGGGCCGGGCAAUUGGCAGGCCCCCAGGGAAGCAAAGCCGGAAGAGGGGGCUGAGUAUCAGGAGGUCGAGCUGCAGGAGGAGGAGGGCCGGGGGCCAGCUUCCAAGAACAGCCACCUGCCCAGGGCACUCCCGGGCCUGGACGCCCUGGUGGCCGCCACCAUCGACCUGGGGGAUCUGCCAGGUGUCAGCCCGCCGGACCCACAGCUUGCCGCUGCCCCUGGGCCCCCACGCACAGCCCCCUCGCCCUGUAGCUCAGGGAUUCAUGGAAUUGCCCUGCUCAGCGAGCUGGCCGACCUGGAGAUCCAGCAGCAAAGGAGGGAGCCCACCUUGCGAGAGGAAAAGGACGUGCUGGCAUUCGACCUGCAGCGCCUGGCCACGCUGGCCUCAGCCUGGUCCCUGGCGGAGGCCGCUAGCCUGGACAGCCCCUCCUCCUCUGCCCAGCCCCCCGCCGCCGACCCCUGCAGGGCUCCCACACUCACCCCCCGCAUGCAGAUUCUGCAACGGAAGGACACCUGGACCCCCAAGACCAAGCCUGUCUGCCCCCUGAAGGCCGCCAUCGACCGGCUGGACACGCAGGAGGUGGAGAUGCGCGUCCAGCUGGCAGAGCUGCAGCGGCGCUACAAGGAGAAGCAGCGGGAGCUGGCUCGCCUCCAGCGCAGACACGACCACGAGAGAGAGGAGAGCUCACGCAGCCCCGCGAGGCGGGGGCCCGGCCGGCCGAGGAAGCGCAAGUACCCCAGCUUGCUGCCCGCCCUGCGUCCUGGGGGCCAGCUCCCCAGGGGCGACGGCAAGAAAGUCAAGGCGGUGCGGUCCAGCCUGAGCCUGCUGUGCGCUGAGCUGCGGGGUGGCGAGGAGCCUGCGAGGAAGCAAAGCCGACUGGAGAGCAGCGUCUACGUGGGCCUGCAGCCGGCCUCUGCGGAAAAGGUCCGGUGCAAGAGAAGCAGCGGUCAGGGCGAGCUGGCGUCUGCCAUGGCCCACAAGGUGGCCCAGCUGAAGCCGAAAGUGAAGAGCAAGGGGCUGCCUGCCGGCCUCAGCCCCUUCAGGCGGAAGGAGGCCGCCCCAGGGGGACGCAUCCGGAAGAAGCUGUCCAGAGCCAAGAGCACCAAGGUGCCGGGGGCCGCCCGGCACACGCAGCCGGAUGGCGGUGGCGGCAGCAGGGAGACGCCCAAGUUCCCGGCCCAGUCGGCGGUGGCCCCGGCACACGAGGCAGGCGCCGGCUAUGACAGCGAGAACGGCAUAGAUUUCUUGGCGACAGAGGCACCCCCCAAGGAGCCCGGGCUGGCGCUGCAUGGGGGAGCCAGUGUGGCCGUGCUGGGGCCCUCACCCUCUUCCGUGGUCAAGAUGGAGGCCAACCAGAAGGCCAAGAAGAAGAAGGAGAGGCAGGGCUUACUAGGGGCCUGCCGCCUGUCCAGCCCAGAGAGCGAGGUCAAGGUCAAGAGGCGCACGGUGAAGGCCAAGGUGGGCACCAAGCUGGAGCGGGCCCCAGGACGCAGGCCCCCAGGCGCACCAGGCAAAAAGAAAGCCAAGGGCAAGGCCAAAGGUGGCCUGCGGGCGGAGCCAGGGACCACCCCCAGCAGGGACACCCUCUUCAGCCCCGCCCGCGCCUUCACCUGCCGUGAGGAGGGCAGCAAGCUGGCCAGCGAGCGCCUCAAGAGGGCCACACGCAAGAGCACAAUCCUCCAGCCGGGACUGCGGCGGAAGAACGGGGCCCUGUCCAUCGCCCUGUCGCCACGCAACGCCAAGGCCAUCCUGGGGAAGGGCAGGAAGGUGGGCAAGGUGAAAAGCAAGGCUGUCGGCAAGCAGGGCAAGGGCCGGGCAGUGAGUCGGCUGCUGGAGAGCUUUGCUGUGGAAGACGACUUUGCGUUUGACGACAACGGCAGCUUUGAGGAGGAGGAGGAGGAAGAGGAGGAGGACGAAGUGGAGGAAGAGCCGGCUGGGGCCAGCGGUCCUCUGAGCGCGGAGCAGAGCGCCGCCCUGGCUGGCUCGUGCACCAUCCACAAGGAGGAUCUGCAGGACGGGCUGCCCGUACUCAUUCCCAAGGAGGACAGUCUGCUGUACGCGGGCAGCGUCAGGACCCUGCAGCCCCCCGACAUCUACAGCAUCGUCAUCGAGGGCGAGAGAGGCAACAGGCAGAGGAUCUACUCGCUGGAGCAGCUGCUGCAGGAGGCGGUGCUGGAUGUCCGGCCACAGUCCAGCCGCUACCUCCCACCCGGCACGAGGGUCUGUGCCUACUGGAGCCAGAAGUCACGUUGCCUGUAUCCAGGCAACGUGGUCCGAGGUGCCUGCAGUGACGAGGAAGGGGACCUGGACUCCGUGGUCGUGGAGUUUGAUGACGGGGACACCGGCCACAUCGCCGUCUCCAACAUCAGGCUGCUACCUCCGGACUUCAAAAUCCAGUGCACCGAGCCCUCGCCCGCCCUGCUGGUGUCCGGCAGCUGCCGGAGGACCAAGAAAGCCUCCUUCGAGGCCCCUCCCCCCGGCGAGACCCCCGCCCCCAGCCUGUCUCCCAAGGCGCACGAAGGCCCCGAAGCCUCCAAGCCCCCGGGGAAGAAAUCCGUCGGCAAAGACAAAGCUGGCAAAGCGGAGCUCCUGACCUCAGGCGCCAAGCCCCCGCCCGCCGCCCCCGCCGCCGGGGCCUCGGACCACUUCCUGGGCCGCCGGGGCAGCCCGCUGCUGAGCUGGUCGGCGGUGGCGCAGACAAAGCGGAAGGCGGCGGCGGCCGCGGCGGGCGGCAAGGGGCCCGGCGUGCUGCAGAAUCUCUUCCAGCUCAACGGCAGCGCGAAGAAGCUGCGGGCCCGGGAGGCGCUGUUCCCGGUGCACAGCGUGGCCGCGCCCGUGUUCGGCAACGGUUUCCGGGCCGACUCCUUCAGCAGCCUGGCCAGCUCGUACGCGCCCUUCGUCGGCGGGGCCGGGCCGGGCCUGCCCGGGGGCGCCCACAAGCUGCUGCGGGCCAAGAAGGCCGAGCGGGCAGAGGCCGAGAAGGGCGCGCGGCGGCGGGCGGGCGGCGAGUUCCUGGUCAAGCUGGACCACGAGGGCGUGACCUCCCCCAAGAACAAGAACUGCAAGGCGCUGCUCAUGGGUGACAAGGACCUCGGGCCCAAGCUGGGGCGGCCCCUGCCCAGCCCCAGCUACGCGCACCCGGCCCUCGUGGGCAAGGACAGGAAGGGGCGGGCGCCCGUGCACCCGCUGCCCAUGGGGCUGGCGCUGCGCAAGUUCGCGGGCCAGGCGGAGUUCCCGCUGCCUUGCGACAGCGACUGUCACAGCUCCUACUCGGACGACGAGGAGGACGGGCCCGGGCUGGCCCCCGGCGUGCCCUCCCGCUUCCUCGCCCGCCUGUCCGUGUCGUCCUCCUCCUCAGGCUCCACCACCUCCUCCUCCUCGGGCUCCCUGUCCACCUCCAGCCUCUGCUCCUCGGACGACGAGGGCUCGUCCUACAGCUCGGACGACGAGGACCCGGCGCUGCUCCUGCAGACCUGCCUCACCCACCCCGUGCCCGCCCUCCUGGCCCAGCCCGAGGCCUUGCGCUCCAAGGGGGGCGGGCCCCACGCGCACGCGCAUGCGCAGCGCUGCUUCCUGUCCAGGGCCGCGGUGGCCGGCGGGGGCGCGGGCACCGGCCCGAGCGGCGGCAAGUCCAAGCUCAAGCGCAAGGAGGCCCUGAGCUUCUCCAAAGCCAAAGAGCUUUCCCGGAGGCAGCGGCUGCCCUCCGUGGAAAACCGGCCAAAGAUCUCAGCCUUCCUGCCUGCCCGGCAGCUCUGGAAGUGGUCGGGGAACCCCACGCAGAGGCGGGGCAUGAAGGGGAAAGCCAGGAAGCUGUUCUACAAGGCCAUCGUCCGGGGCAAGGAGACGCUGCGCAUCGGGGACUGUGCCGUCUUCCUGUCGGCCGGGCGGCCCAACCUGCCCUACAUCGGCCGCAUUGAGAGCAUGUGGGAGUCCUGGGGCAGUAACAUGGUGGUGAAGGUCAAGUGGUUCUACCACCCGGAGGAGACGAAGCUGGGGAAGCGGCAGAGUGACGGGAAGAACGCGCUGUACCAGUCCUGCCACGAGGACGAGAACGACGUGCAGACCAUCUCCCACAAGUGCCAGGUCGUGGGGCGGGAGCAGUACGAGCAAAUGACACGGAGCCGGAAGUGCCAGGACCAGGACCGGCGGGACCUCUACUACCUGGCGGGCACCUAUGACCCCACCACAGGCCGGCUGGUGGCAGCCGACGGGGCGCCCAUCCUGUGUUGAGCCCGGCUGCGUGGGCAGAGCCGGGGAGCCCCCCCCCCCAACGCCGCAGCCAGGAGCAAAUAUGCAACCCCCCGACCCCGCGGCGGGCGCCGGCUUCGCAUCACUGUCCCUGGCGAGCGGGCGCUCCCGCGUGCGGCCCGUCCCGUCCGGAGAGUCGUCCAGCCUGGGCCGGCCCAGCCGGCGCCCCGGAUCCCCAUCGGCCGUUCCCGAGAGAUUAGAAUCCAAGCCAUAUUUUCCCUAGUACCUCCGACUGUCUCCCACCAGGGAAAGCAGAAAUCAGGUGUGUUGUCUAUUUAUUUCUCUAUGUAAAUAUUGUAUUUCUGCGGGAAGUUUUAUGGAAAAAAAUAGCGGAAAAGGAUUUUUUUCCCCACACGCGUGACAAGGGUGUAUGUGCAUGUGUGUGUGUGCGUGUGCGUGUGUGUGUGGGUGUGUGUCUAGGCUUUGUUCUGGGGGGUUUUCGUUGAAAAUGCACUGUUUUGCUCAGCCUGGCUGAGCUCCGACAGGGGCGUCUGUGGCGACAGAGGCAGCUGAGGGUGGGGGCGGCCACAGGAGGGGGACCCUCGGGUACACCACCCAUCUCGGGGGCGGAGAUGGAAGUCACACUCGACUUUAUUUCCUUUUAAUCCACCUCCUAGGAAGACCGUAUUGGGGGGCGGGGGAGGGGAGGAGGGCGAUGGUGAGGGUCCCUGGGGAGAGAAGGGAUUCCAGAAGCUGAGAUAAAAAUCAGGAUCAGCGGGUCCCCCAGCCCGGGAUCGUGACAGCAGCCAUAAAUGUAUCUUACCUCUGUUAAAAACGAAACAAAAAUGAACAAAUAUUUUUAAGUAUCGAUACGAAAAAGUGAUGUUUUCGUUUUAUUUCCUGAAUAUUCCAAGUUCUUUCUGAUUUCCGUUUUGAUGGCCAAUUUGCCUAGCCUCCACUCAGAGCAGGGACGGGAUUGGCCCCCACCAACUUACAUGGAGGUUUCUGGGCCUUCUCUGUGGCCACCGGGAAGGCAGACAGCAUGACCAGUUGGUGCCUGGGGUGCGGAGCGAGCAGGGGUCCCUCCUGCCCGCCCGAGCCCACACCCUAGCCAAGUGCAGGGAGCACCCCUCCGGGGCGCUCACCCCUCCACCCAGUGCUGGACGGGUGGCCCAGACUCUCGGCGCCACCCCAGGAGCCUCAGAACACUUGUCACCUCUUCACUUCUCCCGUGGCCAAGAGAGAGACAGGGCAAGCCAGACGCGGCCCAACCACCCUUGUCCCUGAAACGUACUGAGGGCCACAUGUCCUCAUGUGCCACCACACCCACUGGGAGCCCCAGGAAAGCCCCCCACGUUAGUCACUGUUCCUUAGGACGAGUUUUUGUGUGACCACAGACCUGCAGCCCAGGUCCCCGGGAAACAUGGGGUGUCGGCAGGUGCCCGGCACCCCAACCCGGCCCCUCUCCGCCCCCUUCCUUUUCAGCCAGGAAACCAUCCCGGCCCCACCUCCCACUCCUGGCUCCGUGGGAAAUGCAGGGGCGGGGGGGGGGGGGCUCCCCUGCGCCCCGGCCUACCUCUCCCACCCCAUUCUCCCCUUUGUCUCCGCACGAGUGCAAUAUUUCAUUCCUGGCGGUCACCCGGGAGGCGGUGCCCGAGGGCCUGCUCGCGGCUGGAGAAGCAGAAGGCUGCCCGGAGGAGAAGACCUGCCCGGUGCCAGGGCGCCGAGUGGGGACAGCCCAGCCGCAAAAGUUCAAACCCCAGGCACCGAGCGAAGGAAACCCUUUUUCUUGGCCCUCGUGUCGAUUCUCUGCCCUCCUCCCCCGCCUUCUCUUCUUCUCUCUCCCUCUAUCUGUGCGUGUGGGCGGUGCGGCCCUCCUUCUAACCGUGGUUAGACCUGGCGAAGCACGACUAUUGUAAAUGUGUAAACUAAGAUGGUUGGAUUUUUUUUUUUUCCAAUGUAAACACUAAAAACAAACAAACAAAAAAAACAAAACACAAAGGUUUUAUGAACAGCAAACUCUAUGUAAAGGCAUUUUAGUAUUAAAUUUUUUAUUGAUAACUUGCUUAAGAAUAAAUAUAUGAACUAUUGUACAGGU